AUGGCAACAAGAUGCCUCAGGUUGGAUUCGGGCUGUGGAAGGUCGACAAUGCUACCUGUGCGGAUACGGUGUACAACGCCAUCAAGACUGGCUACCGACUGUUCGACGGAGCUUGUGGUACAUAGAAGGAACUGCGCCUUUACGGGAGUGAAGCUUUCGAACCAGAGGGACUACGGCAACGAGAAGGAAGCUGGAGAAGGUGUUGCGCGUGCCAUCAAGGAAGGUAUUGUGAAGCGCGAAGACCUGUUCAUUGUCUCCAAGCUCUGGCAGUCUUUCCACGACUACGACCAGGUUGAGCCCAUCACCAGGAAGCAGCUCGCUGACUGGGGCAUCGACUACUUUGAUCUCUGGGUCAUUCACUUCCCUGUAGCGUUGAAGUACGUUGCGCCUGAGACACGUUACCCACCUGGCUGGUUCUAUGACGACGCGUCAACCAAGAUCGAGCACAGUACCGCGAGGCUCGAGGACACAUGGAGAGCGAUGGAAGACGUGCAGAAGAAGGGUCUGGCAAAGAGUAUCGGCGUAUCCAACUACAACGGUGCGCUGCUGCUCGAUAUGUUCACCUACGCCAAAGUCAAGCCUGCAACACUGCAGAUCGAGCACCACCCCUACUACGUGCAGCCCAAUCUGCUCAAGCUCGCUGAGCAGCAUGGCAUCGCUGUUACCGCGUACUCGUCAUUCGGACCUCAGUCGUUCAUCGAGUGCGAUAUGAAGCUGGCUGCAGACACACCUCUGCUGUUUGACCACCCAGUCGUUACGAAGAUCGCUGAAGCACACGGCAAGACACCGGCGCAGGUACUCCUGCGUUGGUCGACACAGCGCGGUCUUUCCGUCAUCCCCAAGAGCAAUUCCCAGCACCGUCUGCAGCAGAACUUGGAUGUGACAAGCUUCGAUUUGAAAUCAGACGAAAUCCAGCAGAUCUCGGACCUGGACAAGAACCUGAAGUUCAACGUACCGACAAACUACGGCAUCCCCUGCUACGUCUUUGCAUAG